AAAUAUGUUUUCAAUUAUAUUGAACUUCAAGACAUUAUCCGGAAUCUCAUAAAACUUUGCGAAAAUUUCACAAGUUUGCGUAAACACAAGGAAGCAGAAGCACGCGAUAAAAUAUCUAUUCGUUCAGAGGAAGAACGAGCUACAGAAAGUAUGCGUGAAUCUUAUGACCUACAAUCAAAGGUUAACCUUGAGACAAGUCGUUGUUUAAAACUUCUUACAAAGGAAGAAAAAAAGAAACGAUGAUAUACGACGAUUCUCUUUCUGGAAUAAAGAGAAGGAUGAUUGACAGGGAUGCAAGUAGCAUUUAUCCCGGAAGCUACAAGUUCGUUCCUAAAGAAGACGUAAAAGCAGACACAUUUGUGCUAGAUAAACACACUGAAAUAGCCAAGUAUUCCAGCAAACAUUACAAACUUAAGGAAAACCGGAAAUGAAAAUAUCAAAGCAGGAGGACUGGCCUAGCAAAUGGGCUGAAGGCGAAAGCUGGCGCGAAAAUGAAACUUUAUUGACAAUGCUUCGACCAGGAUCAGCAUUGACUGGCGGGAUAAGCUCGAGAACAAUUAUCAGACCUGACGAAAUACUUUGGUCUGUCCGUCGUGGAGAAGAGUUAGAGGUACUGGAAGAGGCUUAUCGCCAGACUCAAGAAGACACGGAGGCGGCAAUUGAGCGAGAGUUUUUAUUUCGAAGAAUGCACGUACAACGUGCAGACGCGUUGGAAAGGCUGGAGACAAUCAUAAAAGGAGAGGACGGCGAUAGCGGUAUCGAGUGUCUAAGAGAGGUAGAAAAACAUCUGAAAUACAUCAACAUUCAGUUCGGAAGGAUAAAUGGUUGUUGGUCAGAGGUGAUAUCUGCUCUAAGAUUAUUGAAAACCAAGGGGCUUUUACUCUCUUCAUACAGGUGGACUGGAACUGUACAAGAGGUUGAAUAUUAUUUUAAGGCUUAGCGGUUCAUAUACUUAUCUUUAAAAAAUUGCACUUUUCCCCAAACCCAGUUCCUAAGAAAAAUAUAUGUAUACGUCUUAGGUUUCACAUUAUUUUUCUUUUCGUUAAAUAUAAAUUUUCUCAAAACACGGAAAAUUUGAAAGACUGUUUGCAUAGGACUUUGCUCGAUAUACCCAAAACAUAUUCACCAGUAUAUUAAAGCUAAUGCGGUCAAAACGAAAUGAUAAAAGAUGACAUUGGCGCACUGCCUUGGAACGGUUAUUGAUGGGAAAACAAAAAU